GUGCCCAUAAAAAAUGCUGUAAUCCUAAACUUUGCACUCUAAAGAAAAUGCAGAGUGUGGCUCUGGGCCAUGCUGUAAUGUAAACACUUGCAAGAUAUUCCCAUCGGUAAUUUGGAAAAAAAACAAACAAACAAAAACUUCAAUUUGAAUGACAUAAUACCAAGUGUGUAUCCAUCAGUUGUAACUUGAUGAUGAGCAGCCAAGCAAAGAAAAGCAAACACAGACUUAAGAAGCUUAAGAUAUAUGAUAAAGGACAUUUAUGUAGGGAAAAAAGAGAUCUGUGUGAUUUACAAGAAUAUUGCAAUGGAACAUCUGAGUUUUGUGUAAAUGAUCGCCAUGCUGCUGAUUUGGAAGAGUGUAGUGAAAACAGCGCCUAUUGCUAUAAAGGAAUAUGCCAAGAUGCAGAUAUACAGUGUUCAAACUUAUUUGGAAAAUUUGCUAAAGGAGGUCCUCGACUGUGUAUAGAAGAAGUGAAUUUUCAAAAUGACAAAUUUGGAAACUGUGGUGGACGUUGUAGUUUCAGACAUGUCUUUUGUGGAAAAAUGGUUUGUCACUGGUCACAUUCACAGAUAGUACCAAUCAUUGACCAUGAUGUGCAAUAUACUUAUAUUGAAGGCUUUGUAUGUUUGUCUGCACAUUUAAGAAAUUCUUCAAGAAGUGAUGAGACCUAUAUGAAAUCUGGUACUUUUUGUGGUCCAUACAAGGGUUGUAUUGGGCGCUCAUGUCGAGAAGUUUUACAUUUAAGGAAUUGGACACUGUGUGAUGCAAAUAACCAUUGCCAAGGACAUGGGAUUUGCAACGAUGUCCUUAAUUGUCAUUGUGAUGCUGGAUAUUUUCCCCCAAAGUGUGAUUUAGACCCACAAUCACCAGGAGGAAGCAUAGAUGAUGGGAAUUGGUCUCCAGGAGGUAGAAAGAUGCCCUUAUUGGUAAAACGACCUCAAAAAAAUUGCCUUUUGAUAAGUUUCUACGUUUUCUACCUUUCCUCAUUUUAACUGCCAUUAUUGGUCUUAAAUGGAAAAAAAUGAAGGAAUUUUGGCAUAGAGCAGAAACUGCAAGUAUGGGAUCUUUCUCAGAAGUCAGCAAUAGUAACAGCAGUCAGUCAUAGAGUUAAAGCAAUUAAAUGAUAGUAUUGAAAAGCCAUAAGAUGGAGAAAGGAUAUCACCAAGAAACUCACUGUAAACUGGCCCGAUCCAAGAAUGGAAAAAAACCUGUGUUGCUCUCCUUUUGUUGUGGCGAAAAGCUUUCAUUUUCACGAGCUAAAAUAAAAUCCUAUGACUGAAAAUAUG